UGAAGUGUGAAAAGGACUGUCUGUCCUCCUCACCACAGGACAGGGAGGAAGGGAGGGAGUCCCAAACAACGAGUCACACUUUAAGUGGACGGCAGAACAAUAAACAGAUACUUGCUGUUAUUUUGAUGAUCUUUGCCGCAAGGACAAUGCAGUAAACUCCUGCCGUCGAUCCAGGAAACCCGUCGCCUGGAUUCAUUCAAUUAUUACUGCUGUUUCCACGACUUGACUCAUGGACAUGGGCCAGCAACAGCAGUUCUUCCCAAUAUAACGUUAAGAGCUGUUGCUAGUUUUUGUUUUAAUUUUUGCCUCCUGCUUCGGGUUAAGAAAACUUUGCACUUUCGUAUUUUUUGGCUUUGAUACGUUUUUUAAUACAUUAUCAAAGUUUUAUUUUACUAGCAUUUCCUUAUUUUAUUUUAUUGCCGACAACGUAACGUUACUGCAGUGUUAAUGUAAACAGACUAGAGUCUCGCGUGCAUAAUGUAUUUCGACUUUGAUAAAAGAAAAUGGGAAAACGUUUAGUUUGAACAUUUUCAUACUGCUGUCGCUAGUUUAUUGUGGGUUUAUUUAAACCAUUUUUAAGCUCAGUGAUUCUAAACAAACACAAACGAACAGAAAACAUUGUGACUGAGGUUCUCCAGCCACGCGCGUGGAAAUCCACCGGACUGGAGCCUUUACCUGGACGUUACCGUGAACUGUUGUAUCGAGCAUGGAGACGGAUUCAGUAACCAUUGGCGACGUGGACUCAGUUCAGGGAGGCAUGUUCUCUUUGGACCCAGUGGUCGACGAGAUUUUGAUGGACUCGUUUUGCCAACAGCAGGGAUGGGUGCGGGUGUACGAUGUGAAGGGGCCGGCAAGCCACCACUUCUCCUGCGGCCAGUCGCCUUUCACGGAGCCCUGCGUUUGGGAGAGGAAGUACUGCAUCCUGACCGAUAGCCAGCUCAUCCUGCUCAACAAGGAGGAAGAGAAGCCAUCUGAGGUCCAUGAAAGCCCCACAUCAUCCUCAUCAAAGGGCCGCAGCCUGAGAAGGACAGUCAGUGUGCCCUCUGAAGGGCAGUUCCCUGAGUUUCCACCAGAGGGAACCUCCAUGUUAGCAGAAGCGUCUGCGGAGCGCUCUCCCAGGCGGAGGAGCAUAUCAGGGCUGAGCAGCUCGGAGAAGAACAUUUCCAUGGAUGGCCCCAACUCGUCACCCUUCAAAGUGCCUGGCUUUUUAAGUAAACGACUGAAAGGAUCCAUCAAAAGGACUAAGAGUCAGACCAAGCUGGACCGCAACACAAGUUUUAGACUCCCAUCACUACGACCAACGGAAAAUGACAGGUCACGAGGCCUGCCCAAAUUGAAGGAGUCCAGCUCCCAUGAAUCUUUGCUGAGUCCAGGCAGUGCUGUUGAAGCUUUGGAUUUGAGUAUGGAGGAGGACGUCUACAUCAAACCUUUACACAGCAGUAUUCUAGGACAAGACUUCUGCUUUGAGGUGGCGUACUCAGGUGGUAGUAAGUGCUUCAGCUGCUCAUCUGCUGCUGAACGGGACAAAUGGAUGGAGAACCUCAAGAGAACUGUGCAGCCUAAUAAGGACAACUGCCGGCGGGCGGAAAACGUCCUCCGCCUGUGGAUCAUCGAGGCCAAAGACCUGCCACCGAAAAAGAAGUAUUUCUGUGAGUUGUGUCUGGAUGACAUGCUAUACGCCCGCACCACCAGCAAAACCCGCUCUGACUGCCUGUUCUGGGGGGAACACUUUGAGUUCUCGGGCCUUCCAGCCAUGAAGAGCAUCACUGUACACAUCUACCGUGAUGUGGAUAAGAAGAAGAAAAAGGACAAAAACAACUACGUGGGUCUGGUGAACAUCCCCGUGCAGGGAGUGAUGGGAAGGCAGUUUGUGGAGAAAUGGUAUCCGAUCAGCACCCCCACCACCAGCAAAGCCAAAGGUGGAGGCCCUUCCAUCCGCAUCAAAUCUCGCUUCCAGACGGUCUCUAUCCUGCCCAUGGAGCAGUACAAGGAGUUUGCGGAGUUUGUGACCAAUAACUAUACCAUGUUGUGCUCUGUGUUGGAGCCAGUCAUCAGCGUGAAAAACAAAGAGGAGAUGGCCAGCGCGCUCGUGCACAUACUGCAGAGCACGGGACGGGCGAAGGACUUCCUGACGGAUCUGGUGAUGUCAGAGGUGGAUCGCUGCGCUGACCAUGAGGUGCUGAUCUUCAGAGAGAACACGCUAGCCACCAAAGCCAUUGAAGAAUACCUCAAAUUGGUGGGACAGAAGUACCUACAUGAUGCACUAGGAGAGUUUAUUAAAGCCCUGUAUGAGUCAGAUGAAAAUUGUGAAGUAGACCCAUCAAAGUGCUCCGGCAGUGAGCUUCCAGAGCACCAAAGUAACCUGAAGAUGUGUUGUGAGCUGGCCUUCUGCAAGAUCAUCAACUCUUACUGUGUGUUUCCACGGGAACUGAAGGAGGUGUUUGCAUCGUGGAAGCAGCAGUGUCAUGCUCGGGGGAAACAGGACAUCAGUCAGCGUCUGAUUAGUGCAUCACUCUUCCUGCGUUUCCUGUGCCCUGCCAUCAUGUCCCCAUCCCUCUUCAGUCUCAUGCAGGAAUACCCAGAUGACCGUACCUCUCGAACACUCACCCUCAUCGCCAAAGUCAUCCAGAAUCUCGCUAACUUUGCCAAAUUUGGGAACAAAGAGGAGUAUAUGGCCUUCAUGAAUGAAUUCCUGGAGCACGAAUGGGCUGGUAUGACCCGCUUUCUGCUUGAGAUCUCGAAUCUUGAGACAAUCUCCAACACCCCAGGCUUUGAGGGCUACAUCGACCUCGGCCGCGAGCUGUCAGUGCUUCACUCACUACUAUGGGAGGUGGUGUCUCAGCUGGACAAGGGUGACAAUUCCUUCCUGCAGGCGACGGUGGCCAAACUGGGGCCCCUGCCACGAAUCCUUGGCGAUAUUACCCGCUCGCUGUCCAGUCCCACCCCCAUCCAGCAGCAGCUCAGGCGCUUCCAGGACCAUAGCUCCACUCAUGACAUCAGUGGAAGUGUGUCCUCAGGACUACAGAGAAUAUUUGAAGACCCAGCAGACAGUGAAAUGAGGAGCAUCAAAUCUCCUGUCCAGGAGCACAUGGAGGCCUUAGUCCGAGGGAAGCAUCCUUUAUUGGGUCAGCAGUCCUCCACGCACAGCAUGAGCUUCUCGGACAAAGAGGAGCGAGACAGCCCUCUCCCGAACGGACGCAGCGUAUCUUUAAUGGACUUGCAGGACUCUUACCUGGCACAGGGGCAUCCGGUUCCCGAAGUCCCUCCUAGAAUAGGCCGAGUGGGCUCUCAAGCUUCCAUCGGCCCUGUACCUCCUCCACACCUCCACCAGCCCCCCGUCCAUACGAAAGUUCCCCAGUUGAGGGACAAUUUGCCCCAGAGUGCCCCGCAGGUGCGUCGACCUAUCCACCCCUCCCUCAGCCAGCAGCGCAGCCUACAACCAUUGUCUUUCCAAAACCCUGUUUACCACCUCAGCAACCUGCACGCACAGUCCACACACUCGACCCAGUCCACGCACUCCGCCCAGUCCCGGCAGCCGGACUCCAGCUCGGAGAACCUCAGCACGGGCAGUUCUCGGAGCGCCAGCCCCAGCGCAUCAGGUGUGCGCGGAGCCACUCCUAGAGCCCGGAUGCCGUCCACCAGCAGCGUGGAGGAGGAACUGAGCCGCAAAAGCAUACAGGGACAGGAGACACCUCCUCCCACGGCACGCUGGCACCCGCCCCUGGCAGACCAGCAUUCGGGAGCCCAGGUGGUGGCUGUACCAAGGCAGAGCAGCGCAGGUACUGCGCAUAUCGUGAAGGUGGAGCAACAGAGUCGAGGAGUAGGGCUUGUUUCAGUAAACCCAGGGGCACGAACCCCAAGGUCGCUCCCUCACAGUACUUCCCUCCGUAGUAGCAGCAGCGUCAACACAGAACCCAUGCAACCGAGCGGUGAGAGAUCCAGGCAGCAGUCCACUUGCUCCAAAGAAAGCUCGGUACCAGGAGGGCGAGGCAACAAACAGGUCCAAUCACCUGUAGAGUCAGUCACCAUGUCUCCAGUGGAGCGAACUGCCGCAUGGAUCCUGAAUAACGGCCAGUAUGAAGAUGAGGAAGAGGAAGGUCCGAGCAAAGACGAUUCCAAACAUGUAGAGAAGUACGAACAGGAAAUCUCAAAGCUGAAGGAGCGUCUGCGAACAUCUAGUCGACGACUAGAGGAGUAUGAGAGACGGCUACUGGCACAGGAACAGCAGAUGCAGAAGCUGCUCUUAGAAUACAAAGCUCGAUUGGAGGACAGCGAGGACCGUCUGCGCAGACAGCAGGAAGAGAAAGACAGCCAGAUGAAGAGUAUUAUCUGCAGGCUGAUGGCCGUGGAAGAAGAACUGAAGAGAGACCAUGCGGAGAUGCAGGCGGUCAUAGAUGCCAAACAGAAGAUCAUUGAUGCACAGGAGAAGAGGAUCAGCUCCCUGGAUGCAGCUAACUCUCGGUUGAUGGGUGCCCUCACUCAGGUGAAAGAGCGAUACAGCAUGCACAACCUCCGCAAUGGUCUGUCGCCCACCAACCCCACCAAGCUCUCCAUCACUGAGAACGGAGAGUUUAAGAACAGUAGCUGCUGAUUGGUGCUUAUGGACUUGAUGAUCCGUGCCGAUUGGUGCUCCAAGGCAGAUCACCGGCACCAAUCGGUCGAGUUCAACUGGAACAGAGUACCCAGACUACAUGCCUAAAAACUGACUGACUACUGUAUAAAUGCGAUUACAAGGAAUGUCUGGUUAUAAUUGUAUAUAAAACAUUAUCUAAUAUUGGUUAUGUACAGAAAUGCUACUGCAGAGGAGAGUUUUGAAAUUGCGUUGGAGAGUUAAAUGUAGCAUUGGAUCCGAGUCAGCGAGUUGUUUUUUUUUUUUUUUUUUUUUUUUAAAUACUGAUUUACGCAUAAAUGCUGAUUUAAGAUUGCAAAAAGAUUUUUAAUAAUUGCCUAAAAUAUAUGAAGGAGAUGUACAUAUCUUGAAAUAGAAUUGUUUUAAAAGAAAAUAUGAAGAAAAGCACAUAGGUAUCAGCCGUAAAUGUAUGCAAGUUGCAGAAUCUGACAGGCAGAUAUAGAUGAAAGGCAAUUUUAUGCACUCAGUGUUCUAACACAAAUUUCUAUUUUUUUUUUAAUUUUUUUUUUAUUAUCAUUAUUUUAUGUUAUCAUCUUACAAAAGGUUGUUACAGCUGAUUUUAAGGCGACUAACUAACUGAAAGGACACGGUUAAAGCAGUCAAAGUUCAAUUGCAAAAUUAAAAAAUCUUGAAAAUGAAAUUCAAGAUAAGUAUGUGUUCAUUAAUGUAACUAAAAAGACGUCCGAAGCAGUGGGUUUAAUAAAAUAAAACAUUGUUCUGAAUUAACCGUUUUAUUUUGUCAGAUAUGUAGGCUAUUUGACAGUCACUCAACCUAACUUAACUUUUUCGUUGUUUUUUUGCCCUGUGUAUCUGACCAGAGUGCUGUGAAACCACCAAUCUUCAGUCUCACUGCCCUCUUGUUCUAGACAGCCUCACUGCCCUCCUUCUGAUCCUGUCUAUUGUUUGUUGGUUACCUUUAUUGAAAGUCAUUGUUUUUCCACUGUGUUCUCACUGUCCAUAUGAGCAUCAAAGCCUUUAACCUUUUUGUGGCACAUAACUCCUCAAUGUUUGCUGUUCUCGUAGCGAUGUAUUUGAUGGUCAGUCUCAAAGUUGAAAGCUGAGCAUUGAAUAAAGAUGAUUGUGGCCUCAUUGA